AACAUGGGCUUCGACAUUCUUUCCCGUAAUCGUUGAACGCAGCGUUUCAUAUUCAUCGCUAUUUGCCAUCACGUUACCUCACGCUAACCGCAUCUCUUCGCCAAAAGAAAAAAACAAAUCAUCAGUUUCCUGAGCCAGGCCAAGACUCUCUUCUUCCCCGAUUUUCUCCAUUUCUUACCUCUCCGAUUAUCCCAAUCCGUCACAACCUUGAACUUCUGUACGUUCGUUUCUUCUCCUCUUUUGUUGCUAACUGUCCUCAAGGUCCUCUCGCUGCUGUUGAUCACCAAUGGAGUGGGGUAACGUGACAGCGGAAGACUUAAUCGACGCACUCCGCGAAGUCGACUGGUCAUCGCCGCCGCGCCCUCUGGCGGAGUUCUUCUCUAGAUUCACCGUCCCUAAAUCCUCCGCCGCAUGGAACAGCCGCCUCAAAUGCAAUCUCUACUACUAUCGGACGAAUUACUUCAUUAUGAUCGUUCUAAUUCUCGGUCUCGGUUUUCUCAGAAGGCCUCUUUCUAUUGUGGCGGCUCUUUCCACCGCUCUUUGCUUCGCUUUUCUGAAUGACAGCUUUGCAGGGACCUUCAGUGAGAAAGUAACAAGAACUGUGAGGCAAUUCUCUCCGCAUUUAGCUGCAAAGAUGCGUCCUCCUUUCACACCUGUCAUUCGUGGGCGCCGAUCUGCUAAGAGAUCGAUAUACAUAUGUGGCCAGCCUCGUUCAGCGUUUGUUGCAGCAGCUUCACUUGUGAGUUUCUUCCUUUGGUAUGUCUCAUGUGGGCUCCUCACUCUCUCGUGGGCGCUCGCCAUUGGAAUUCUUGCCACUAUAAUUCAUGCUAGCUCUAGAACACCUAAUCUCAAAGCCCGACUCAACACAUUCAGAGAGGAAUUCCGGCAUGUCUGGCGCAACCACAAUGUUCUGUAGCUUAUAGCUGGGAGUUAAGGAUGUGAGUAAUUAUGUCUGCUUGUUCUCUCUCUCUCUCUCUCUCUCUCUCUUAUGGCUCCCUGUGUGUCAUUUUGAGUUACUGGCUGGUCUCAUUGCAUUCUGGAUGUUGGGAGGUACUGGAGAGUGGCUAUAAAAGUGAUGGCUAUCCCAUGAUUGCGAUUUGGAUUAGAUCUUUUGGUUGUGUAUUUGGCGAACUGAAAUUUGCAAUAGCUUGGAGCUAAACAGAUGUGUAGUUUUAUGUUGACUCUUCUGACAGAUGUGUAGUUUUAUGUUGACUCUUCUGAUGGUAUUGUAUGCAUCUGAAAGUGCAGCAAAAUGAUGCAAUCUCAUGUAUUUCAAGGUAGGAAAUUUUUGAAAAUGUACUCUUGAAAAGUGGGUCCAUAUGACAUUAUGACCAAAUGUCUUUUCUUUUCCCCUUUUUUUGGCACUAUUGCACUCAACCGAACAAUGGCUUUUGCAAAUACAUCUCAAUAGCAUAUGCGGUAGAGACGAAUAUCAUUAAAUUUCCUAAUGUCAUUGAAUGUCAGGUAUUCCUGGUAUUACAUUUUGCUCUCUAAACUAGGCAGGCACCAGCGCUCAUAUCCCACAUGAACUCACUGACUUAGGCAGCCGAGAACAGCGUUGUUUGAUUUUCGAGUUAACCUGUAAUUUGUUUUGACCAUGCAGAGCCGCUUUUGUUGAAUAUGAAGCUCGUUCUGUUGCUGCUGCUAACUGGUAUGCAAAAUCUCAGCUGAAGGUUUGCCGAAUUUCUUGCAAGCUCCUGGAAGCAUGUAAUUCCCCAGGCCUCUUCAUUCUGUAAAGCCAACUAUCUAUCACUCUUUAUUGAUUCUUUUUAAGAAAUAGCUUCCAUUUAUAGUCCAUGCGCGAGGGAAGUUCUGAUACAUUAGGAAGCAUGGACCAUUAUUACGGUUAACGGACCUUGUUAAAAGCCUGUUGAUGUCAAGAGAUCAGGCAUGACUUCCGCAUAAAAAGUAUUGAGUAGUGUUUCAAAUUGUAUUAGUUGUUUUCGAACUGUAGUCCUUUACUCCUUUACCCUUGCUCUUUGUUGUAGUUGAUUGAUACAUUGAAAUACCUUAAACUUCAACGAGUGUCAUAUAUAGAAUAGAAUACAGCGUUUGGG